AUGCCUUCUCUUGCCAUUUUGGACGACUAUGCUGGCAUAGGCCCCACCUAUUUCAAGCACAUCCAGAAUCUCAAUGUCGACAGCUUCCCCGACACCAUAUCGCCCAACAGCCCGGAGAACAUAAAAGCACUGGCUACUCGUCUCGGUCAAUAUGAAAUUAUCAGCUCCAUGCGGGAGCGGACUCCAUUUCCCAAAGACUUGCUCGCUGCGCUGCCCAACCUCAAACUCCUUGUUACCACCGCCAGACGCAAUCGUGCUAUCGACAUGGAAGCCGCACGAGAACUCGGCAUCGUUGUUGCUACCGCUCCGGGCAAUCGCAACAUCACUCAUGCGGACCUCCCCUCAUUGAUAGCUCCAGCACCUGAAUAUGACGCUACGACUCAGCAUUGUUUCGCCCUCAUCCUUGCUCUUGCUUCUCGCAUACCAAUCGAGGAUGCCGCUUUGCGCUCAGGUGGUGCCUUCCAAACAGGUCUUGGCUUCACUCUCUCCAACAAGACUUAUGGAGCCGUUGGUCUCGGUAGGCUUGGUACCAAUGCUGCGCGUACAGCCAUCCUAGGAUUUGGAAUGAAGGUCGUCUCGUGGAGUGCAAACUUGACCCAAGAAAAAGCUGACGAAGCAGCCGAGAAGGCAGGCCUUCCCAAAGGUUCCAUCAAAGCUGUGACCAAAGAAGAGCUGCUGAAGACAGCAGAUGUCGUCAGUAUGCACUAUGUGCUCUCGGAUCGUAGCAGAGGCACUAUCGGCGCAGCUGAGAUCGCCAUCAUGAAAAAGAAUGCCAUUCUGGUCAACACCUCUCGCGGUCCCCUGAUCAACGAAAAGGCGCUACUCGAUGCUCUCAACCAGGGUGCUAUCAGGGGUGCAGCGUUGGAUGUCUUUGACGUGGAGCCACUGCCUCUAAACAGCCCUUGGCGUAACACUGCCUGGGGCAAAGAUGGCCGGUCACUUGUGGUUCUUUCACCCCACAUGGGCUAUGUCAAUGAUGAGACUAUGCACAAAUUCUAUGCAGAGCAAGCAGAUACCGUACAGCGCUAUAUCACGGAAGGUAUUGAAGCAGUGCCGGAUGUUUUGAACUGA